UUAAUUUACUAGUAUAACUUAUAUACAAUGGCUGAACUGAAGAAGGCGAAGAAACGCAAGGCUGUGCUGCUGCCAGAACACAGGGCGCCGGCAAUUCUGCCACGGGUUGGCACCAUGAUUAGCAAGCUAUCGAUGGCCUUUGCUGGUACACGAGCCAGCAGCAUAUUCCAAUUCAUCCGGCGGCUGCUUGCGCGGCUGCCUCUCCUGUCGCAUCUCGCCAACCGCAUACACAACUCACUGCCACCCAAUCUCCUUUGGCCAUGCCAGAUGCCGUACCGACUAAACGCAACCAUCCACAUAGUCCGUGACGGCGACAUAGUUACCGAUCUCUGGGUAUGGGCAAAUAACCAGCCGGUGCUGUGGACGCAUGGUAGCUUUGGCAAGGGCAUUUUGUCGCGGUCUGAAGCCACGUGGGCAAGGCGGUACUUGCAGCAACUAAGACCUGGUGAGGACAGAAGAGAAUACCUGGAGGACAUUACGCGCAGACGUCGGGAAGAGCGCAAUCCUACAUCAGAGCUGACGUGUGUGGAAAUGAAGGAUCUUGAUGUCGCUGAGGAGGAUGUGGAGGCAAUGGAGCCCGUACAGCUUAGCCCGUACGAGACUCUGUUUCUGGUAGAAAACAGAUAUCUGGUUGUUAGUGAUGCGGGUGGACAGAUGUAUGGGCUUGGGGACCUCUGGGAGAUGUUCAGUUUGGUUGAUGGCGACUUGCCGAUGCUGUAUGCUGCGUACCACUACUACCGGUCGAAGGGAUGGAUCGUGCGCAGUGGGCUCAAGUUUGCGACGGACUUUUUGCUCUACAGAAAGGGCCCGGCGUGGUCGCAUUCCGAGUACGCGGUGGUCGUGCGGCCGCUGUCUGAACAGACCCCAGAGGAGGAGGAGCAGCAGCACCGGCUGGCGGAUUCAUGGCAGUACAUGUUUGCAGUUUCCCGGGUGGCGAGUCAGGUCAGAAAGACGCUGGUGGUUUGCUUUGUCAAGUGUCCAGAUCACAUCGAGUACCCGCCGGAUCUGCGGCAGUUCCAGGUCCAAGAGACCACGGUCCGGCGGUUCGACCCCAAUGUCAACAGAAAUUGAAAUAUAUUUGACAAGCACUGCAAGAGAAG